AUGGUUAAAAUAUAUAAAUGUCUCGUAGUUCCUUGUCUUGCUUAUGCAGCUCCUGUACGGCAAAUAGCAGACUGUAAACCAUUAGAUAGUAUCCAAAGGAAAGGACUAGCUGCAUGUCUAGGCAUACCAACCUGUGGUGGCAUAGAAGCCCUUGAAGUAGAGUCAAAUACACUCCUGCUAGACCUCAGACGUGAAGAACUGUCUAUAAGAGAACUGGCCCGACUACUCAUGAGACACGAAACCGAGCCCAUCAAGCAAACCAUAAUUCAUUGGCUAGAGACAACAAAAGAGACACCAGAAAGGUACUUAUCUCCCUUAGGAAAGAUGUUCAUCCAGAUAAACGACAUGGAAAACAACACAAGUACAAACUACCACAAUCUUGAACAUCAGCUAACCUACCUAGAGUACAUGCAGCCAACACGGCGACCACCAGAAUAUUGGAGCACCCUAGGUUCAUCCAAAAAUAGAUCUGCACUUCAAAUACAAGAAUCAAAAGAAAUAAUCAGAAACCAGAUACACGACCGCAACAUCCACACCUUACUAGCAUUCACUGAUGGUUCUUGCAAGGGCAAUCCAGGACCAUGUGGAGCCGGGGCAUGCAUAUUUAUGCCACUUGACAACACACAUACAGAACUGAAGAAACCAGUGUCAAGCUCAGCAAGUAUCCUGCUUGGUGAAAUUGUAGCUAUAAAAAUAACAUUGCAACACUGCAAAGAAGAAUCAGAAAGAAGACACAUAAACCACAUAAAGAUAUUUUCAGACAGCCAAUCUGCUGUAGGAAUUCUACAGUUCGGUUGGAAAGCUGACACAUACACAACAACUGUGAGAGAAACUAAACAACUGAUGAAAGAUCUGGACUCAGUAGGCAUCAAAACAGACAUCUCCUGGACACCUGGUCAUGCAAACAUCCUUGGUAAUGAAAUAGCUGACCGUCUUGCAAAGGAAGCUGCAAGUGAAGCUGAGACAAUGGGCAAGUCUAAUAUCCCAACUACCUUUCAAGACAUAAAGAAAGCAGCAAAGAAGUCAUGUGAGAUGAAAUGGCAGAACAGAUGGCAACUAACAGACACCGGAAGGCAUCUUCACCAAUACAUGCCUGAUGUUGGGCUUAAACUUAAGGUCCCCACAAACACCAGCAUCGAAGUACAAUGCCAGCGUGUCAUCCAUCAAUUGAGAACAGGAUACUGCAUGCUAAAUGGGUAUAUGCAUAGGAUCGGGUUAGCAGAAUCGCCGUUGUGUGCAUGUCAGCAUGGUGCUGAAACAGUCCAGCAUUAUCUUGAAAACUGUGUGCUACAUGAAGAAGCGAGGGAGAGAUUAAGACUAGAAUUUGCUAGAUACACUGGAGUAUAUUCGUUCAAUGCAGAACUACUACUCCAAAGAAAGCUGACCCUUACACUGAAUGGCGACUUUUAUUGA